AUGGCUAAAUUGACCCAGUUAAUUGACAAUGAAGUCUUCCGGGCUUAUGCUACUUAUACAGUUAUUGUUCUUCUAAAAAUGAUGCUAAUGAGUCUUAUAACAGCAUACUUCAGAAUCACAAGAAAGGCAUUUGCCAACCCAGAAGAUACAGCGUCAUUGGGAAAAGGUGAGAGUGCUAAAAAAUAUCUCCGGACUGAUGCAGAUGUCGAACGUGUACGCAGGUAA